CAAUGGAAUGCGUUGAUAGUAACAUUACAAAUACGCCGGCAGCGGGGGAGGGCGCCAAUGCAGUUGUAGAAGAGGCCGAGGUGGAGGAUUAUGUCCAGAGUGUAAAUGGGAACUUGCCUUUAGAGUUGCGAAGAUGGGAAGGGGGCGAAGAAAACAACGCUGAGCUUGUAGAGUUUGUUGCUGACCUGCGUAGGCAAAAUAUUGAAUUGAAGCCGCUGCUUGAAAAGCAUAAAAUUGAAACAGGUAUCACCGGGCCAGAGCACACUAGCAAUUCGCCGGAUGGAAAGAGUAGUGAUGUAAGUAAUAACAAUUUGGAGAGUAAGGAAAGUAUAUCUCACGACACAACAGAUAUACCAAUUGACAAUGAUGAGCAGCUCACAGAGCUAUCCACGGACACGCAUGACCCCGGUACGCCAACAAAACCAGUGAGUGAUAAGGAGGGAUCAAGUGAUAAAGAUGGAUCUGAAGAAGGCUCUUUAACCCCUUCGACACCGACUGUCAACCCUCGCGCACGACGGCUGGAACUGGAAUUGGCGGCUUUAAGACUUACUCACGCGAGCACCGAACAGAAAUGCGCCGAAUUCGCAGAGAAGUGCGCAGACUAUGAAAGAGAGCUGGUUGCUCUCAAAGCACAAACCUCUGCCGCGAAUGAUCCACAAAGGAGUGAGGGAAGUACGGUAGAUGAGAUAGAACAGGUAAAUAAUGAAGAAGAAACAACACAUACUGAAAAUGCGAUUAUAGCAGAAGCAUCUAGUGACGACGAGUCCGUGACCACGGGUCUGACUGAGGAUGUGAAAGAAAGUGAGAAAAGUGCACUCUUAGCCGAGCUAAACGCAGAGGUGAAGAGGCUGCGAGAUCAGAUAGACGAGUGCAACGACACCAACACACAGCUGAGACAGGAGCUGAUGGUGGGCGAGGAGCAUUUGUCCGUGCUGACACUGGAGAAGGAAGCCGAUAUUCGCGAAAUGGCAGAUAAGCAGGAAAGCCUGGAAAGUGAGCUGAAUUUGUUGAAAGGCCGCGCCGAAGGUCUCAGGCGGGAAGAGGAAGCAAACGAGAAAAAGCGGGGUAUCAAGGAAGAUAGAGAAGCUGCACUCGGCAUGAAGGUAAGACAGUUGACACAGGUAGGGGCUGGUUUAAAGAAAUGUGUGGAGGAACGAGAAACAGAGUGUGAGCUAAUGAAGCAAAAGUUGGCGUCGCUGGAGAUAGAACUGAGUGAGAGCGUGACUGCGAAUAUGGAACUGGUGGAACGAUUAAGUAUGGUAACGAAAAGUCUGGCCAGCCACUCUCCAACGGGCAGACAGUGGGUGAAGGAUGAACUGGUGCAGGGCUGUGUGGAGUGUGGGCGUGUCUUCAGUCUAACAAAGCGGAGACACCACUGUAGGUAUUGCGGGAAGAUAUUCUGCCACGCGUGUUCGGAAUAUCGGAGAUUAUUGCCGGGUGGAUGUAAAAUGGAACGGGUUUGUAAUGGUUGCAACGAUAGCCUCAGCAAAGACGUGCUUUGAUAAAGUCUCCUCAGUGACAACGACAAAUAUAGACUUCUUGUUACUGACUCGUUGAUUGGUAUAUCACCCUAUCAAAUCACUAGCUAAGCAAUUGUUUACUAAAUAUUUUUAUAUGUGUAGUG